CACCAAUCAUCACCUCAUUUUCUUUUGGAGACACAUGUUCUAUCCUUGUUCUUCCACUUCCCGCUUCCCCCGGUAAUUACCUGGCACCCGCAAAAAGCCAAGCUUUUCAGGCCUUUCUUCACUUCAUUGGGUCAGAACGGGUCACUCUUCAGCUGCUCUCGUCGUUCGUCCUUGCUCUUGGUCGUCCAGUUCCGGAGGUGCCCAUGAUCUCUUGGACCCCCCUGCGCUCCUUGGAGCAACUGGGGCCCUUGGUGCUCUUCGUGGCACUGCAGCUUCAUCAGGUCUUCCGGCGGCUGCCGCUGCAGAGAGUGAAGUCUUGGAGCUUUGGCGCCCAGGUCGGCGCCAUGGCAGCCUUGGCGCUGGCCAUUUUGUGGCCUUCAGGCUUCUUCAGCCCCCUCUCCGUGCGCGUCUCGGCCCUGUUCGUGAAGCACACCAAGACAGGGAACCCUCUGGUGGAUUCUGUGGCGGAGCAUCAGCCAGGCUCUGCGGAUGCCUAUUGGAACUACUUGGG